GCACCCAGGUGGGAUCCUUACUAGGUGCCCGAACACCUCAACUGGCUCCUUUCAACACGAAGGAGUAAUGGUUCUACUCCGAGUCCCUCCCGGAUGACUGAACUUCUCACCUUAUCCCUAAGGGAGAUGCCAGCCACCCUGCGGAGAAAACCAUUUCAGCCGCUUGUAUCCGCGAUCUCUUCCUUUCGGUAAUGACCGAUCCUUCCAAGAAGUAAGGUUCCAGAGCCGACGCUUUGCGUAGAGGUGAGCCCCACCAGAUCCGACUGGUAACGCUCCACCUCCCAGACAAUCUAUGGCUCCUUCCCCCCCAGAGAGGUGAUGUUUCACGUCCCCAAAGCUAGCUUCUGCCGCCCGGGUCUGGUCCGUCGAGACCCUCUGCUUUCACUGCCGCCCGGGUCUGGUCCGUCGAGACCCUCUGCUUUCACUGCCACCCUUCUGGCAGCGCACACAACCCCAUUGCUGGAUCCCGUAGGUGGUGGGCCCCGCGGGACGGAGAAGCAGAGGGGCUGUGCCCGGCCGGGCUCCGUGGCAAGCCAGGCAACCAGAUGCUCGCCGACAAGUCCUCCUUCUGAGCCUGGCUCUAUAAGGGGACCCCGGGCUUCCUCCGGGUCGGGUAUCCUCACUUUUUAUAAUGGCUUUCAUGAGGUCUUUUGAAUCAGUUUUAGUCUGGCCCCUUGCAUGAGACCAAUUUGCCAUGGGCGACCCUACCAGAAACACAAGGUCCCAGACAACACAGCCCCCAGGUUCUACUCCAAGUCCCUCCCGGAUGACUGAACUUCUCACCUUAUCCCUAAGGGAGAUGCCAGCCACCCUGUGGAGAAAUCCAUUUCAGCUGCUUGUAUCCGCGAUGUCUUCCUUUCGGUAAUAACCGAUCCUCCCAAGAAGUAAGGUUCCAGAGCCGACGCUUUGCAUAGAGGUGAGCCCCACCAGAUCCAACUUGUAAUGUAAUGCUCCACCUCCCAGACAAACUAUGGCUCCUUCCCCCCAAGAGAGGUGACGUUUCGACGUGGUCCGUCGAGACCCUCUGCUUUCACUGCCACCCUUCUGGCAGCGCACACAACCCCAUUGCUGUUUCCCGUAGGUGGUGGGCCCCGCGGGACUGAGAAACAGAGGGGCUGUGCCCGGCCGGGCUCCGUGGCAAGCCCGGCAACCAGACGCUCACCGACGAGUCCUCCUUCUGGGCCUGGCUCUAUAAGUGGACCCCGGGCUUCCUCCGGGCCGGGUAUCCUCACUUUUUAUAAUGGCUUUCAUGAGGUCUUUUGAAUCAGUCUUAGUCUGGCCCCUUGCAUGAGACCAAUUUGCCAUGGGCGACCACACCAGGAACACAAGGUUCCAGACAACACAGCCCCCAGGUUCAUCGGGGCACACAAACCUCUCCAACACAAUAAGCUGCUGUUUCCAAAUCUGACUGCUAUGUUAUUCUCACUCUACCUACGGCAACGGCAAGAACCUACCGCACAGCAACUGUGUGGAACAAUAACAACCCCGAGUGGAAUGAAACUUUUACAUUUAGGGUCCCCACCAAAGUGAAAAACAUUUUGGAGUUCAUGCUGUAUGAUGAGGAUACAUGGUCACCAGAUGACCUGAUCUCCACGCUUCAGUUUGAUAUCAAAAACCUCACAAUAGGGCAGAAAAAGACCAAGGAAUUUGUCCUACAUGCUAAGACAGAGGCCAAACUUCUAAUGGAAUUUGAGCUACUUCAGAGUGAGGAUCCUCCUUCUGAUUAUAUCACAAAUGGCAUCCUUCUGGCGGCUCCGUUCUCUGCACUGGAUGUUGACGUUCAAAAUCUACAAAGGCAUGACUCUUUAAGGAACAAGGUCCUGAAACUAAGAGGUGCCUAUCCGGAGAAUCAAACAUUCAAUGCAAAGGAAACCUGGAAACGUUUCUACAUCAACAGAGACCUGGAGACAGAACUGGGAGUCGCAAGCUCUGAGGCCCCUGUACAUCCAAUGGAAACUUCUAUACAUCUCCAGCCACUACAACCUGAACACAAAGGCAAAGUGUCCCUUGUCAUUGGUCAGGUUGAGAUCGAUUUGCAGUUGCAUACACAUGAAGGAAAGCAGGACACUUUUGGAGUUCGUCUGGACUUUGACAUCCCAUCUCAAGAGAAAGAGUUUCUGAAGAAGAGGAAAGUUGUUGUUGCAGAGGCUUUGCAGAACUUUUUAGGCCUAGGCUCUUUACCUCAACCUGACAAGGUACCAACCAUAGCAGUGGUGGCUUCAGGAGGGGGGGCCAGAGCAAUGACGGGCAUGCUGGGUAGUCUGAAAGGUCUGAAAGAUACAGGAGUCCUGGACGCUGUCAGUUACAUCACUGGUGUUUCUGGAUCCACAUGGGCCAUGUCUACUCUGUAUCAGGAAGAUAACUGGUCACAGGAAGAUAUGGACAGUAUCAUCUCAGCAUCAAAAGAACAAAUGACCAAGAGUGUCCUGAGUGCCUUCAGUUAUGAGAAACUGCAAUAUUACAGCGAAGAAACCGCUCAGAAAGAGCAAGAGGGUCACCACGUGUCACUCAUUGACGAAGCGGGCCUGAUCCUUGAGCAUCUUGUCUUUGGGAAGAAAAUCGACAGUACCCUGUCUGAGCAGCAGAGAGCAGUGAACGAAGGCCAAAACCCUUUACCCAUAUACAACGCGGUCAACAUGAAGGAUUGCAACAGGGGUUGUGAACCUGAAGCUGAGUGGUGUGAGUUCACUCCCUACGAGGUAGGCAUCCCGAAGUAUGGGGCGUUUGUCCCAAGUGAGGACUUCGGGAGUCAAUACUUCCUGGGUCGUAUCAUAAAAAAAAUCCCAGAAGUCCGCAUUCCUUAUCUAUUAGGGAUAUGGAGCAGUGCCUUUUCGCUCAGCCUUCACAAACUAUGGUUGCUUGCUACUGGGACUACGCAAUCUAGCAACAGCUUGGAGGAACCAGAUUAUGGUGACAUAGCUACAGACAAUGGAACUGCACCAUCAACACACAAUAAACAUGCAACACUCAAUCCCAUCACAGAUAUGGUCAGGAAUCUGAGUGGGUACCUCUCAAGCCGUCCAGUCAUCGCUGAAAUUUACAAUUUCAUGUGUGGUCUCUUCCUGCACUGGGAGUACAACACACACAGCAACUUUUUAGCCUGGAAAGACACACAUCCAGAUGCCUUCCCAAACCAACUGACACCCAGUGACUCCACCCUGCGCCUGGUCGAUUCUGGUUUGGACAUCAACAUCGGCUGUGUGCCUGUACUGCGACCAGAGAGAGACGUGGAUGUCAUCAUAUGUCUGAGUUACUCAUGGGACCCAGAAAAUAUUUUACAGGUCCUAAAGGCGACAGCUGCUUACUGUGAGAACCACAACAUCCCCUUUCCAAAUGCUGAUUAUGCCAGUCUGGACAAGGAGCCUCAGCAGGAGGUCUACAUCAUCGAGGACAAGGAGAAUCCCAAGGCCCCGAUAGUGGUCCAUUUCCCACUCGUCAAUGUCACAUUCAAAGACUUCAAACUACCAGGUGUGAAGCGUGAGACUGAGGAAGAAUUUAAAGCUGGGGAGGUGGAUGUGAGGAGCAUCAGUUCUCCAUACACAACCCAGAACAUGACCUACUCAAAAGAGGAUUUUGAGGCUCUGGUGGAGCUGACCGCGUAUAACAUAUCAAACAACAAGGAGAGCAUCCGUGAAGCCUUGAACAGGGCCCUGGAGAAGAAGAAUUAAAAGAUGAGCUAUAACGGCCUCCUGCUACAGCAACUUCCCUACUUUGGCUGUGAUUUACUUCUGCUUGUUGCCACUCCUAUAUUAAAGCUGAAAUAUAGCUAGUGUACUUAGUUUUUAGGGCCUCAAUUGUAUAUUCGAUUAGCAACAAACUAAAAUCCUACAGUUGCAACGGUCUCACAGGGUUGGUUUUGGUGAAUAUGGCUCGUGUGCUAUUUGGCCUUUAGUGCUUUAUCAAACACAUCACAAAGUUUGACAUAAAACUAAUAAAAAAGUGAAUCUAUGAAUAUA